AUAACAAAAUAUACCAUUUUAAUAAAAAAAAUUAAUACAAAAUUUCCGUCAUAACGGUUGAGUGAAAGAAGACGGUUUGUUGGUGUAGGUGGGGUUAGCGGUUAGGUGCGGUGUUAGGCCGGUGAGGAGAAUGUAGUGUGAGUUUGCCAUCUCCAUCAUCCAUCCGUAGCUCUCUUGAUUUAUAUAUAUACACACACUCCGUUGUAGAAAGGAAAUAUAUUCCCAUCUUCAACCGUUGCCUUAUUGUUUCUUCCUCUUUUAGAUUUUCUUUCUCUCCGUUUUCUUUCCUUACUUGUAUGGCAGCCAAUUUGAAGAGUGGUGGAGGGAUCGCCAGCUUGGGGAAGCGACUUCUUAACCGCACCUCCACUCGCACCCCUUCUCUUUUCAUCUCCACUUCUUCACCUACCAGGAGUCCUCACGCGUCGGCAUACGACAAGAACCUGGAUGAUCAGGUCCAUGCGGCUGUGGUUCCUGAUGAUGUGAUUCAGCCUCAAUCGGACAAGUACUGGGCUCCUGACCCGCGGACAGGGGUAUUUGGCCCUGCUACGGAGCAACUUAACGCAUCUGCGGGUGGGGAGCAGGGCAUCCAUUCGAGUGGUGCAAACUCGGUCCUGGAGGAAAAGGCGUGGUUCCGCCCCACUAGUAUUGAGGACUUGGAGAAGCCACACCAUCACUAAGUCGCUGAUAAUGAGCCUGCUACUAUAUAGUCUAUAGGUAAAACAAAGACAAUAGGUGUGGUUUGCUUGGAUCAAAUAAACUGGAAAAACGUUUUAAUGGUUCAUGUUCUAUUUCUACCUGGUUGUUACAUGGGAAUUUGCAAAUCUAGUUACUGCGAACUCUGUAACACAGGAACUUAUUAUAUUUGUGAUGCUUGCGCGCUAUCUUACUAUAAAAAUGUUGGGGUUAUUUUGUGUA